AUGGUAAUUUUUUAAGAUAUUUUCCCGAAUACAUUAAACAAUAUAUUUUCUUGGGAUACUUUCGAAAAACUUCCGAAGUCCGGAAAUACUGACGUCUUCGGUUUAACGAAUCCAAUCCGUUUCAAAUCAUAUUCAGCAUGGCAUGUAAAAUAAAAAUCCAGUUACCCUCAUACCCGUAGAUAUAUAUUAAUGCGUGGAAUAUUAGAAAACGAUAUAAACGUAGUAAAAGAUGCUUUAGAUCAUGGUUUUUGUAUAAAUUCCUCAGUUGAUUUAAAAUAUGGAUUUAAUGCGUUAACUUUAGCCGCUACAUUAGAUAAAACGGCUAUUUUAUAAUACUUACAUUUAAGAGGCGGUAAUGUAGAUGGAUUCGAUUUGACUGGAAAUACACCUUUAAUGCAUGCAGUUAAGAGUUGGAAUUUCGAAAGUAUUAAAAUCUUAGUUGAAAAAUUUUUGAAGUAUCCUUUUAAUAAUUUCAAAGGAAUAUAUAGAGCUAAUUUUGUUAAUUUUGAUAUUAUUAAGCCUUGA